GGCAGUAUUGCUACAUAAGCUGGUUGCCAACCGUUAAUGUACAUUAGAAGAAGAAGACGUGCCGCUCCGCUUCAGCAAUGCAACGGGACAAAACUAGCAACGCCAGUGCGGCUGAAAAGCCCGACCGGGAGGCCGCCAUCAUGUCUAAAUACUACGAUGGAGUGGAAUUCCCUUUCUGCGACGAAUUUUCCAAGUAUGAAAAGAUGGCCAAGAUCGGACAGGGAACAUUCGGUUUCCAAUCACUGCAUUGAGGGAGAUUAAAAUCCUUCAGCUUCUCAAACACGAGAAUGUGGUCAAUCUAAUUGAGAUCUGCAGAACUAAAGCUACCCAGUACAACAGAUACAAAGGCAGCAUCUACCUGGUGUUUGACUUCUGUGAACACGACCUGGCUGGGCUGCUGAGCAAUGCUAAUGUGAAGUUCACGCUGGCGGAGAUCAAAAAAGUCAUGCAGAUGCUUCUCAAUGGAUUGUACUACAUCCACAGAAACAAGAUCCUUCACAGAGAUAUGAAAGCAGCCAAUGUGCUCAUCACCAGAGACGGCGUCCUGAAGCUGGCAGACUUCGGUUUGGCCCGAGCCUUUAGCUUGGCUAAAAACAGCCAGGGGAACCGCUACACCAACCGUGUGGUCACACUGUGGUACAGACCUCCAGAGCUGCUGUUAGGUGAGCGAGACUACGGCCCUCCCAUAGAUCUGUGGGGAGCGGGCUGCAUCAUGGCAGAAAUGUGGACCAGAAGUCCAAUCAUGCAAGGAAACACAGAGCAGCAUCAGCUCACCCUGAUCAGCCAGCUGUGUGGCUCCAUCACUGCAGAGGUUUGGCCCGGAGUGGAUAAAAAGUAUGAACUGUACCAGAAAAUGGAGCUUCCAAAAGGCCAGAAGAGAAAAGUGAAGGACCGCCUCAAAGCCUACGUGAAGGACCCGUACGCCCUGGAUCUCAUCGAUAAGCUCCUGGUUCUGGACCCGGCUCAGCGCAUAGACAGUGAUGACGCACUCAACCAUGACUUUUUCUGGUCGGAUCCCAUGCCCUCAGACCUCAAGAACAUGCUGUCCACUCACAACACUUCCAUGUUUGAGUAUCUCGCACCGCCCAGACGGAGAGGUCACAUUCCCCAACAGCAGCCCAAUCAGAACCGGAACCCAGCCACUACAAGUCAGACGGAGUUUGACCGAGUGUUUUAAGCCCACAAAACGCUUUGGACAAAGUUUGACUGGGGACUGUGUUUUUAUAAGAGAAUGACUACCUUCAGGUGUUAGAUUUUUUUUUAAUAAAAGAAAUGUUCUGGUUCUGUCAAAUUCAUGUUGGCUCAUACAUCAAAAAUGGCUUUUUCACCUAAAAUGUGAAUUCUCUCCAUUUUUUUUUUAUAUUCAUGGUUCUUUCAGUUUAACAGAAAGUUUUUCAUUAAUUUCAA